UUAAAUCAAUAAAUCUUUGUGCAUAUACAUAUGAAAUGGUUUAUCAAUUUAUAAGGAGAGUAUAACAAAUAAAACGCAUCAGAACAUUGACGUUCGUUGAAUUUGAUAAAUUUUUAAUAAUGUGUCUUUGUCUUGGUCCAACUAAAUCUGGUAAAACCUUUCUGAUGAAACGUUUACAAGGAGAUGAAAUAGAUGAUGCGACUCAUACUAUUUCUACUAAUGGUAUGAACCAUUUUACAAUAAAAAAUAGCACAGGUGAAUUCGACAUGAUUAUUAAAGAGAUUGGCGGUAGCAUGGCACCAAUAUGGAAAUACUACUUCGAUAAGAUUCGAAAGAUCAUUUACGUAGUGGACGCGAGUAAUCUUUGUCAGAUAAGCGCAGCUGGAGUAUUACUUUACUCAUUGUUAGUCGAGCCUAAACUGCGAAAUAUAAAAAUUGCAUUAACGCUGAACAAAAUGGAUCUUUCAUAUCGUCAAAUGCGUAACGAAGCCUUACUCAUACUUCAAUAUUCACGACUAAAGAAAGAAGUUACACAAGAGCUCACUACGUUUGAAACUAGCGGAAUGACCGGAGAAGGUAUUGAAGAUAUAAGAGACUGGUUGUUCGAUCCAGCCACUUUAAAAGCUGCAAUAAAUGCAAACAAAUGAAAUUAGUACAUAGUAUGAAAUAAUUCUACCUGAAAAUGGACAUUUCCUUUUAUUUACACUCAUUCUUACAAGGUUAUAGUGAUGCUAUGGAUAACUUUUUAACUAACACCAACAUUAUUAUUAUUUAACUUAUUAUCGGAUCUUUGACGGAUUAUUAUGUUUAUUACACUCAAGGAUAGAUAUUUACUUUAAGAGUAGACAUAGAACUUUAAUUUUUAUGGCUCGAUAUUAUAUUAAUUUAUAUGAACAUUAACAUUUCUUUUUAAACAUUUCAAAACGAAAAAAAAUAGUUAUCUCCAUAAUUAUACGACUGUUGAUCAAAAAGUUCACGAAUUUAUUUAAAAUUAAUACUAUUUGCCGAUUAUUAUUAACGAUCAUACAAGAUACAUUGUACCAAUAUGAAUUCGCAAAUAGUAUGAUAUAAUAAUAU